CCCCAUCACCCCCCUUACUUCAGAGCUCCCUGGUGUAUGGGACAGUGGCACGGGGCUGAAGGCUUGUGGGGGUGAUCCUUGGUCAGCAGCUUCCUGCUGAGGGGGGAUUUUGCACCCACAGGAUUUGGGUGAGGACACCAAGAGAAGAUGGGGGUGAAGCUUCCAGCGGUGAUCGUCUUCAUCUGCUUCACCACACCAGCAGCUUGGGCACAACGCGAGCCAUUAGAGGUGGUUGGAGCUGUUCAUGGGGUGGCAUUUCUCAGCCCCAACCUACAAAGCCACUUUUCUUACUACCAAAUCCAUUGGAGACGUAACAACUCCCUGAAGAUUGCCAGCAGGGACAGUGGGGGGAAGGUGCAGUACCCCAGCAGCUCCUACAAGGGACGAGUGGAGCUUUUCCUCAACAACACCCUCAAAAUCAGCCACCUGCACAAAAAAGACACUAGCAGCUACCAGGUGUACUUGGAGGAUGAGCAUGGCAAGGAGGACGUUGAACACUUCUUCUUGGUGGUGUAUGAUCUGGUCCCAAAGCCCACUGUGAAUGUCAAAGUGAUGGAGGGUGACUCAAGGUGGUGCAAAGCCACCCUGGAGUGCUCAGUGGGGCUGGAAGGGGUGACCUAUGAGUGGAUCUCCCCCAGCAAGCUCCAGUUGGAGGGUGCAGAUACCUCUCAGCAGCAAGUCUCCUUCAACCCCUGGAGAGAAACCUACAUCUGCAAAGUCAGCAACCCUGUUUCCUCCAACAAUGCCUCUCUGACCUACAGGCACCCCUGCUCCUGGUCAGCUGAGACCUCCAGUGCUCCAUCCUACAUCACUACAAGCAUCCUGGGGGUCCUGGGACACCUCCUUCUCAUCUUCUUCACUCUGGCUUAAGGAUGCUCUGUGACUGACAUCUCAUCUCAUCUCAUCUCAUCUCAUCUCAUCUCAUCUCAUCUCAUCUCAUCUCAUCUCAUCUCAUCUCAUCAUCUCAUCCUCUUGUGGGAGCAGCACCCAGAUGAAGGGACUCAGAAGGAUGUGGUUCACUCAAGGGAACCAUUACAGUGUCUAUUACACCAGCACUCCCUGAUCUCAUCCACAGCCACCUCCAUCCCUCUCUGCCACUGUUUCAGGGUAGCUUUAUGCCUCAGUUUCUCUCCUCAUCUUGUCUCUCUUGCUUUAAUUGAAGGUUACCUUCUCCAGAUCUGAACAAAAGAGGGAUGAAGUCUCUGGAAGUCUGUUUGGAGAACCUCAGCAACUGAAAUCUCUACAUUCAUCCUUAACUGCUUGGAGAUCUUCCUCUCUGCAGCCUCAAGCUCUGUGGGGAGACCCGAUCUGAGCCUUUCCCAGGGCUCUUUGUGGACUUGGGGGUUCUUGCUGUUGGUCAUGCCCUUUACAGUGAUCAUGAGCCAUGAGCCAGUGCUGCACAUGUUGAGCCUGAAACCAGUGACACCAGCACGGAUCCAGCUGGGUGCUGCCCACCAGCACCUCGAAGUGACAGAGAUGACAGCUGGGGAGGGCCAGUGUGGUCUCUGCCUUCAGCCAUGUCUGUCUGUGUAUACAUGAAACCUCACAGUUU